GGCAGUGGCCUGCGCCAAGGUAGCCCCUGGGGCGCGGUCGGUGGCGCCGGGACCCGCACCCGGUGCUCCCGGGGGUGGAGCUGACCUGCUUGCCCGCGGUUGGGCUCGGGACCCUCGGGGGCGCGGCCGGGAGGGAGCUAGCUGGCUGGCCGUCGCGGCGGUGGGGGCUGUGGCGGUGGCCGUCCCACGGGUGUGCCCGUGCUCGGAUCGAUGAUGACAGCCACAAACGCAUUCCUUGGAAAAUCUGAACAAAAUGAGUGAGAACUCACUACCGUCUCCUCAUCGCAAACUGAGGUCCGGCACGUGGCUGCCACAGGGGACGUCGGGGGAGGGUCGCGUUGCCUUUGCUCCCUUGAGUGCGCGCAGCCCUGGGGCGCAGGUGGGGGCAGGCAGGCGUCCAGAGGGCCAUGGGGAGAGGAGCCUUGGGGCUGGCCUCCUCGAGGGCAGCCCCGGGGCCCCGGGGCCCCGGUGCCCGGCGGGAAAGCCUUGGGAGAGGCAGGCCCAGUGUGGGGUGGGCUGCCUGCGGUGUGCGUGAGCGCCGCUGGGCUCUCAGGCCUGCGGCUGCCUCCUUGAGGCGCCCGCGGGGUCCUGCCCGCGGUGUCAGGCGCAGAGGGUGUCUGUGGGUUGCGGGUGAGCAGCGGGGGUCUUGGCCUCGGCCGGGCUGCCGCCCCAGGUUCUGGUGGGGAGAGAGGAGGCAGGCCGGGGGGCCUUGCCGUGAUGGCCGUUUGGGCGGGGUCGGACGCCUUGGCCUGCGCCUUCACGGGGUCGGCAGGGCUGCCAGUGCCUGUCCCUCGCAGAGUCCCUGGGGGGCAUCGGGACCCCGGGACCCCUGCGGCAUUUCCCAGAGAGGUGGAGGCGGUGGGGCGCCACGUGGCCCCGGGCGGUGCCCCCGAGUCGGGCCGCGGAAUGCGGUCGUGAGAAGGGCAGGAGGGCCCGAGGUCCUGGGCCAGUGUGCGCACAGCCCCGUGGGGGGGAGAGUUGGGUGCCCGGGGCGGCAGUGCCUUCAGGGUGGCGUGGGCUGUGAUGUGGGAUAUGCGCAGAGAUUUGGGAGGCGCGUGGAAGGCAGGCCGGAGGGGUCCCGGGCCCGUGAAUGGGCGCUGGGUGCCUGUGCCCCGGCAGGUCAUGGGUGGCCGCGGGGCGUAGGUGUGUGAGCACGCGGCCAGCUCCCGGGGCCGCGAAGGGGUCCACACCCGGGGCUGGGCGUGCGGCGCCCCUGCCCUGGCUGAGGCCGUGUUCCCUGGGAGGGAGGACAGGGAGUUGCGCAGUGGGAGGCAGUGGGAGGUUGAUCCCCAGCAGAGCUAGCCACGCCUGCGGCCUGGAGCCCAGCCCUGCAGGUGCCGGGCGGCGGGAGCCGGUGGAAAGGAGGGAGUGCGCUGUGGAGGAAGGGGGGCAGGCGGCGGCGGAAGGGGGCGUGAGUUUCGGUGCGAGGGUCCCGGUGGGCGCAGUGCCUGUUGGGUCUCCCGUGGAGACGCUGGUGCUGGAGUUAGGGAGGCAUGGGUGUGCCAGGGUGUGGCCCGCAAAGGAAAGGGUCCCAUGGGGCCCGGCGGGCCUUCCGGUGCUGGCGGCGGGGCUGUGGCGUGUGCCUCGCGUGGGGCCCGAGCGCCCAACUGGUGGCAGGUUGCGGGAGCCCGGCAGCAGGCCGUCUGGGCGGGUGGCGUUGUGUGCGGUGGACACGCAGCAGGCGUGGGGCGCGGUUUGGGGCAGGCAGGCCUCCGGGGUCCCCAGAGUGCCCUGGGGAGACCGGCCUGAGGGAGCCAGGUCCCGUGCACCCGGGGGCCUGGUGUGGCGGGCCUGGAGGGUGAAGGGUGAGCGAGCCGAGCCCAGAGCCUGGCGGCAGUGGACGCGCCUCGCCAUUGGCCGUGAGGGCGAGGUGCGGCCCUGCGGGGUGUUGCACAGGCUCCAGGGCCCUUGGGGUCCCGGAGGGUCCAGCAGAAGGGUCUCUGUUUGGCCCGGGUCCUGAGAGCGUGCUGGGGAUAGCGGGGGUGGAGUGCAGGUGUGCCCGUGGGGGCCCCGGGUCCAGGGCCCGCGGAGAGCCGCUCUCGGGGCGGAGACGUCCCCCGCGGGGGCACGGCCGCGGUCCGGGCUGAGGCUCCUGCAGAGCGCUCUGGGCCGCGUGUGUCUCUGCCUGCGUGGGCAGGCAGGGUCGGUGGCCGGAGCGAGGGUGUUUCCCCAUCGGGGUGAGGGGGAGAGCCCCAGGGAGGGCGUUGGGGCGGAAUCGGACUCGGGGUUGGG